AUGAUGAUGAUUAUGUCAGCGACCACUACCUGCAGGAGACCCUUGGCGGCGAAGACGGCACGAUGGGUUUUGGCGGGGAGUCGACAUUAUCACACUGCGACUGUUUCACGUGGAGCUUUUUCGGCGUUGGAUACUCGGAUUAUUCCAAGCAGCAGCCGCCACAACCGCCAUGAGAGCAGUCCUCUUCUCGUCCCAGACAUUCAAGUUCGAUUCUUUGCGGCAGCUCCCAAUCCCGACAAGAAGGAAGAAUCAGAGGAAGAGGGUGGCAGCUUUAUCACUCGAACAUUCAAACAAGUCUUGACGCCCCAAAAUCAAUUCUAUGCCCUCGUCGCGGGAGGGACGAUCGGAGCCUACGGAAUCUCGCGAAUCUUUUUGUCCUUCACAACCUUCUUCACACACUUGACACCCACAACCAUUGCGAAAUGGGGAUUCUACACUGGAUUUGGCUGUGCUUCAGUCGUUGGCGGAUUGGCCUUGGUAACAUUCGACAACAUGUACAUUCGCGCUGAUCCUGUCUACCGUUAUUGCUUGAGGUGGGUCCAGAGUGAUACCCAUAUUCAGAGACAGCUGGGUGAUGGACUGCAACCUGGUAGCUUGAGAAGCUAUCGGUUGGACUCUGGAAAGCUAGAAAUUGUCGGACGAUCACCGGUUUGGCGUGCACCCAGGAUUCAGAUGAUAUUUGAUGUGGCCGCCACGGGCCCUCCCUAUCGAACGGGAAUUGUCACUUGUGAGGCCAUCAAAAUGUUUGGGAUCCCUCCCAGACUGAAAAACGUUGCUCAAAUCGACUAUGAAGUUGGAAACGAAGGAGAAGAGGGAGGGACUCGAGAAGACGAUCAGACAUACUUUUUGAAGGGUAGUCAGGAGGAAUUCUCUCGGGUCAGCAAGCGCUCCGGAUUGAGCUUGGAUAUGCUGGCACGGUCGGUUCAUAUCGAAAAGGCAGCUGCUGGAAGACAGUAA